GGGGGGAGGAGGGUGCAGCUCUCUCUGCUACGUCAGCGCACAUCACAGGGGCACACAGAACCUUUUUGCUUCAGGUACUCGGGGUGACUCCCUGCACGGAAAAAACAGCGAAUCCCGGUCACCCUUAAACGCGCUGACCUUCCCUCCACAAAGGAUUUCGUGUCGGAGCGCACGCUGGCCAGAGGUCCAUCAGCAGCAGUGCAGUGGAGCAGGGAGCUGACCGCGGUGCUGAAUUCAUCAGCUAACAGAGAUCCCCAUUGCACACUCAUGUGCCUGGGCUGCUCCUGAUAGCUCCCAUUCCUAGCAGCAACAGACCAACACUUCCACAUCCAAGAUGGACGACGACGGGCGUUACAGAGACAGCCGCUCAGACUUUGUCCGUGGCGCCAAGGACAUUGCCAAAGUCGCCAAGAAACAGGUCGGCAAGAAGAUGGGGCGUGGCAUGGACAAAAUGGCCGACGAGUACACCAAGCGCUCCUACAAACGCUUUGAGGAGGAAGACGAUGAUGAAGACUAUGGCGGUGUGCCGAGCAACGCCGGCGGAUAUUACCGCAAUGACAGCCGAGCUAAUGACGAUGAAGGUCACAGUGAUUCCACUGAAGGACACGACGAGGACGAUGAGAUCUACGAGGGGGAGUACCAGGGCAUCCCGAGGGCUGACUCGGGCAAGACCGGCAGCAUGGAUGGGGUGACGGCCACCCAGGCGCAGCAGUUCAGGGAUCUGUCGGCCUACGAGGGUGAGAGGAGGAAAGACCAGGAGGAGCUGGCCCAGCAGUACGAGACCAUCCUGCAGGAGUGCGGCCACGGGAAGUUCCAGUGGACGCUCUACUUUGUCCUGGGGCUGGCGCUGAUGGCGGACGGCGUGGAGAUCUUUGUGGUCGGCUUCGUGUUGCCCAGUGCAGAGAAGGACAUGUGUCUAUCGGAGCCCAACAAGGGCAUGCUGGGUCUGAUCGUGUACCUGGGGAUGAUGGUCGGGGCCUUCGUGUGGGGCGGCCUGGCAGAUCGGAUCGGCCGGCGGCAGACCCUCCUCAUCUCCCUCUCCAUCAACAGCGUGUUUGCCUUCUUCUCGUCCUUCGUCCAGGGCUACGUCUCCUUCCUCUUCUGCCGCCUGGCCUCAGGUGUCGGCAUUGGCGGCUCCAUCCCCAUCGUGUUUUCCUAUUACUCUGAGUUCCUGGCCCAGGAGAAGCGAGGAGAACAUCUGAGCUGGCUCUGCAUGUUCUGGAUGAUCGGCGGUAUCUACGCCUCCGCCAUGGCCUGGGCCAUCAUCCCACAUUAUGGCUGGAGUUUCCAGAUGGGCUCGGCCUACCAGUUCCACAGCUGGCGUGUCUUUGUGCUGGUGUGUGCCUUCCCGUCUGUGGCGGCCAUCUCCGCCCUCACCACAAUGCCCGAGAGCCCCCGCUUCUACCUGGAGAAUGGGAAACACGACGAGGCGUGGAUGAUUCUGAAGCAGGUCCAUGACACCAACAUGAGGGCCAAGGGUUACCCAGAGAGAGUCUUCUCUGUGACCACCAUUAAAACAGUGAAGCAGAUGGAUGAGCUGGUGGACCUGGGCGAUGGUGCUGCCUGGCAUCAGAAAUGGAGGAUAAAGCUCACGACACUUUUCCAUCAGGUGUGGAGUAACUUCCAGACUGUUUUCUCCCCCGAGUAUCGCCGCACUACCUACAUGAUGAUGGCCGUGUGGUUCUCCAUGUCCUUCAGCUACUACGGUCUGACAGUGUGGUUCCCCGACAUGAUCAAGUACCUGCAGAAGCAGGAGUACGCCUCGCGCACCAAGGUUUUCGUCAAGGAGAAAGUGGAACACAUCACCUUUAACUUCACCCUGGAAAACCAGGUCCACCGCCAGGGAGAGUACUUCAACGACAAGUUCAUGAACCUGAAAAUGAGAUCUAUGGUAUUUGAGGACUCGCUGUUUGAGGAGUGUUACUUUGAGGACAUCACCUCCAGCAACACCUUCUUCAAGAACUGCACCUUUAUCGCCACCCUCUUCUACAACACAGAUCUAUUCAAGUACAGGUUGGUCAACUGCAAGCUAAUCAACAGCACUUUCUUGCACAACAAAGAAGGCUGCCUGCUCAGUGACGUCAGCGAUGAGAACAAUGCCUACAUGGUCUACUUCGUCAGCUUCCUGGGCACCUUGGCUGUGUUGCCAGGCAACAUCGUCUCCGCGCUGCUCAUGGAUAAGAUCGGACGGCUGAGGAUGCUAGCGGGCUCCAGUGUGAUCUCUUGCGUCAGCUGUUUCUUCCUGUCCUUCGGCAACAGCGAGUCAGCCAUGAUUGCUCUGCUCUGCCUGUUCGGGGGAAUCAGCAUCGCCUCCUGGAACGCCCUGGAUGUGCUGACCGUCGAGCUCUACCCCUCUGACAAGAGAACCACGGCUUUUGGCUUCCUCAACGCCCUCUGUAAAUUAGCGGCUGUUUUAGGCAUAAGCAUCUUUACCUCCUUCGUUGGUAUCACCAAGGCUGUGCCCAUCCUGUUCGCCUCGGGGGCGCUGGCGGCGGGCAGCUUUCUGGCCCUCAAACUACCAGAAACGCGGGGUCAGGUGCUGCAAUAGUGUGGCGCCAACAACUUUCCCAGGGGGUGGGGCAGAAGAGUUUUCACCACACUGUGAAUGAGCAGCUCAAGAGCCCUCCAGAUCCUUACCUCUGACCCCUGUCUCAUGAUUAUAGAGUAACGUUUGUGCACAGAUGCAGAUCUGCUGUAAAUAUUCGGGACUGAUGAUUAUUUGAUGGGUGAUAGUGACGCUGUGACAAACCAUUAGAGUACCUGAAGAAAUGUCAAACUGAGGCAAAUUUCUGAUGAAGUAAAAGUAAUAUUAACAUGUUCAGUGAGAGCAUGACACUUCAUAUGAUAGAUUUAGAUUCGGCCCCCCUGAUAUAAGUCCAUACACCUGGGGUUGGAGGUCAGGAGAUGGGGGCUCUUGAUAAUGAGCCAUGCAAAUAGACUCAUAGAAAUGACCACUAGCCAUUGUUGCAGAGUUCUCUGUAGUCACCUCCAUUCUUCUGAGCAAACUCACCUGUCAAGUCUUGAGUACUUUGCCAUUGUCGGACAUAGAAUCAAAAAUGCGACAUCUUCUGCCUUGAUUUGAAGCAUUUUUGACUUUGCGGGGUAAAACCAAGACACACCUCUCUUGGCUUUCUCUCAAACAAAGACCUGUCCUCAUUCUUUAUCUCCUGAGGUCUUGUGUUGAUGUACAGACUAACUGCCAUUUUUAUAGAUAGAACAUUCCAGGUUUGCUUUUGUUGAUGUUAGUGUGCGACAAGGAGAUCAAUCGAGCCCCUUCUCCCUUUAAAGCAUUGUUUCCGAUCACCUCCGAGCAGCCAUGAGACAUCCAGAUCCGUUAACGGACACGUCUCUCAUGCCAAGUGAAGAUUUUGUGUUGUCAUGGUCACCAUUUCAUCUUAAAGAGUAAGUUCAAGUGUACAUUUAAAGCACAACCAUUUGCCAGUGUGAAUGUCCCUAACAUUUUCUUGACUCGAUGAAAAUGUUCAGAAUCUCACACUCAGUCACCAGUUUUUCAAUCAUACUGUAUAUCCCUUUGUAAGAAAUGCCUUUAUAGUCCCUCCCCUCCCAGGCUUACAGUAUGUUUGUCUCUUAUAAUAUAUGUUUUGGAGGGUGUUAUGCAUGUCACAAAGUAUGUAUGUAAAUUUAUGACAACUGAGAGUACAACAUGUAAAACAGCGUUCUGGACAAGUUGCAUUUGCUCAUUGGUUAGUCUGGUUUAAGUCACCCGAAUAUUUUUGACAUUUCCUACCCACAAAAAACAGCACAGUGCUUUUAUUCUGCCGUCGGUAGCAGUGAUACCGUGUAAGAUGAUGAACCUCACACUCCACAGGAUGUUCUUAAAAUUAAAAUAUUCCUUAAAUCAUACACACAGGUGGGAAAAAAAGCAGGUAAUCACAAAGGAGGAAAAAAAAAAUACUCUAAAAGUCUUAGUUUUGACGGUUUCAGUUCAGGGGUGUGUCAGAGCUGACAGACUAUAAUCUAAUUGUUUGUGUGAACUGAAUGUUUAUAUUAAUGUGAGUGUGCUUCUUAGUGCAAUAUUGAGCCUCUGUGCAAUAUUGAGAUUUUAAUUUAUUUUUUAUGUCUUUUACCAUUUCAUAUUUGGCAAACAUUAAUUUUAUUUGUGAAAGGUUGUGGGGUAGCUGUCUUAUAUUGGUAAGCGAACAUGGUGUGAUAAGAUACUGGACGUACUUAACAUGUUUUUUGCUCUUGGAUCAAGACUGGCUUGAAGAUCAGGAUUUUUUGAAGUGGGGUUGUAUAGGAUAUUUAUCCAUAGACAGUAUAUUACAGACAGUAGAUGUCAGUCGGGACGCCCCCACUUUGGAGAAGCAGGCUGGAAUCCAACAUGGAAGCUAAGCAGUAUAAUGCUGUGAAGGGUCCCAGCUAAAACAGUCUUAAAAAGAGUUUAAGUACACACUACAUUUAGAAUAUUUUCACUGCUUUACCUUAAUGAAAGAAUGUGAUUUACAACUGUAAAAUAAAGCUGUUACAUGGCUCUCUUUAAAGCCAGACUCCAUUGAGAAAAACAGUGAUUUAACACUGCUGAACACAGGAGCUGCUGGUCUACCACUGCCCCGAACAGUUAGUUUGUUUGUGUUAUUGUGUAGCUUUGGCAUUUAAAAAGAUUAGUUUGGAUUCACCGAAGUCACACAUUAACACAAACUAAGGGACUGAUCAAAGCAGCGGUUCACCAGCAGUUCCUGUGUUUAGCCAGCUAAAAUGACUGUUUUUGUCAAUGGAGUUUGGUGGCUUUGAGAAGGAAUAGAUGGGAAACUGCAGCCGUUAGUGGCUUCCCCGUUGGAAUGGGCUGUCUGGCGGAAAGGCAAAGCGGUAAAAAUACUAUUUAGUAUUUAUUUUUAUUUGGUGGGACUUUUUUAUAUCUCUGGGUCUUGAUCACGAGUGAGGGUCGAAUGGAGUGUGAGAUGGAUCAGCAGUGAUGCAGGCGCUGCGCCGGUCCGUCAUGGUGAAGAGGGAGCUGAGCUGGAAGGCGAAGCUUUCGAUUUACUGGUCCAUCUGGGUCCCAACCCUCACCUAUGGUCAUGAGCUGUGGGUAGUGACCAAAAGAAUGAGAUCGCGGAUACAAGCAGCCAAAAUGAGUUUCUUCUGUGGGGUGUCUGGGCUCAGCCUUAGAGAUAGGGUGAGGAGCUCGGACAUCAGGAGGGAGCUCGAGUAGAGCCGCUGCUCCUUCGCGUCAAAAGGGAUCAGUUGAGGUGGUUCGAGCACCUGAUCAGGAUGCCUCCUGGGCGCCUCCUGUUGGAGGUGUCCUGGGCAUGUCCCACUGGUAGGAGGCCCCGGGGCAGACCCAGAACACGCAGGAGGGAUUACAUAUCUCAUCUGGCCUGGGAACACCUUGGGGUUCCCCAGGAGGAGCUGGAAAGUGUUGCUGGGGAGAGGGUGCUUUGUUUGCCACCGCGAUGGGACUUUUUUUAGGUGACUAAAAUAACUUUUGUUGCUAACUCCACCAGCCUGCUUCUUCAAGCUGAGGGAGUGCCGACUGACAUCUACUGUAUGUCAUAUACUGUCUAUGGAUAAGGACCCUGUACUAACCCACUUCAAAAAAAAUCCGAACUGUCCCUUUAAGCAUCAGUAGAGUAAAUAUUAAAAUUGUUGGAAAAUUCUGCACCCAAAGUAAAACCAACAAAAAAAACGUUGGACAGCAGAGUUGUUCUAUUUUAAAUGUUCCUAAUUUAGGAUGUCCUCGGGGCACGAACAGGAACAUGUUGAACAGUGAGGAUUAAUUGCAGCUGAAAUGGAUUAUUCUAAUGAGGGUACAGAUUUGGAGUGUGUUUACUUGUGCUUUAUUAUACAAAUGUAGCUAGAUAUAACAUGAGAUUCACUGUAGAGAACUCACUGCCAAGGGCUGAUUGUCAUAUAUCCCCACACAGGUUACAGCACAGAGUCUUGACACAAAAUUAUUGCCUCAUUCCCCUGAUCUAGAGAAGCAUGGAUGAUAUGUUCACAAUUGCAUGAUAAAAAGAAAAACAAUCAUUAACAUGUAGGAUUAAAGAAAAAAAAAGUUUUCGUCCAAACUGCCAUUUUGUAGGAUAGCAGCCAUACGUAGACUCGAGACAGUUGAAUAAAUAGACAACCCAUUGCACUAAAUGUACACUGUCGUACAUGCACAAUUGUGAACGCCUUGAGUUCUUCAAGACACAAUCUGAUGCAGCCUUGCUAGAGUUUUAAAGAAGAACACGGCAGGCGUUUAGCAAGAGCACAAAGACCAAAACCUACCAAAUGACAAGAUUGUGAAGUGCAGUUGUGAACAUAGGUGCUUCGAGCUUUGAUGACCUGCCCCUUGCAUUUCACUCCCUCCAUCCUGAUCUAACUAAAUUUGACAUCUGACCCAUUAUCUAUGAGUGUGCCAUGAGUACCGCCUCUCAUUAAUUAUUGCCAAAUAUUUUCUAUGGCCUGAGUUUACACAUUACACCAUCGACUCUCUGUUAUAUGAAUAUAUGUAAAUAAAAGUACUUAUAAUGUAACUAUUAAGAUAGCUCUUCAAACCUUUUGACCCCGGGAAAUAUAUAUUGCAGUCAGUCUUUGUAGGUUCGCAGCCAACGAUCAUGCGAAACAAGAACACCUGGACUCGUUAUGGUAAUGAAGACCUUUCCCAACUCAUCUGAUAACCAGUCUGAGAGUCCAGGUGCUCUUGUUUUGAAACUGCAAGAGAUGAUGGCGUCAGGAGCCAAAACAGCCGGCAGGUCAGACCACAAAAUUUGCCCUCUUAAAAGCACAUUGAUAGUAUGUAAAUGCACAUUAACUGUACAAAUAUAAAAGCUAAGCGUCAGCAGUCCUACUCUCUGUAUGUCGUCCUGUAUCACCCAUGAAAUUUAAGAACAACGAUGUCAAGAUAACAGUUGUAUUUGUUCAACAUGGAAUGAUGUUAAAGCGCUAACCUGUCUCAGUGACUCAGUUCAGGCUCUGUCAAAGUUGAAAUCGUCUCUCGUAGAUACAUAUCUUAGCUUACGUUACAGGGUUUUUUUGUAUAAUGAACUUGUUGCCUGAGCAACAGUCAAUCGUGAGUGCAAAAAGUUAACAAAGCAAUAAGUGUUUGGGUAUUUGUCUCUUAUUCUCUUCUUCAAAGCUAUUGGGAAUCAGAGCACAUUCCUAUAUGCUGGCCUCGUCCACUAAAAUGCUGAGUGUUGGCUUAAUAAUGGCACAGCUGACAUUCGUGUGUACUCUCUGAAACAACCCUAAGUCUUGAGGCUUUUGUCAAUAAGAUUGCAUUGCCAUUAAUUAAAUGUAACAAAGAAUUUAUCACCUUUGUCAUUGUACUGUGCUGUAGAAACUGUAGUUGAUUGUAAGUAUAGAAACUGUUUGUGGAACCAUGAAUAUAAAAAAAGGCAUAAAAAAAAGAAGUGUAAAUGAACAAUGCUGUAUGUUGUCUUUGAUUUUGUGUAUUUUGUAAAUGAGAAUGAAAUAUAAGUAAAUACAUCAAUGUUAAAUACCAGUUAUGAAUCAUAGUUAGCCUAAAUGUGACAACAUCAGUUCUGUUAAAAGGUGUGUGAGAUUUUUUUUUUCUUAUAUUUUCUCAUUGUUGAUUUUUGAUUGGGUUUGCACAGUGUCGUGCAGCUGACCCUUUGGAAUCACAAUGGAUAACAAAGAACCAUGAAGAAUAAACAAAA